CCCCAAGUACAGACCACUCCCUCUAGAAAAUUAAAGAACAUUGCUAUGACGUUACACUGUGUCGCAAAAGCUGAAAGUUAAGGCAGACACUGGAUAAAUUUCUGAGCCUCAUUAAGAAGAAACGUGACACUUCACCUGUAUCGCAAUGUUCCCACUUGUACUGCUGUCAAUCGCCUCCUAUAUCACCCCAGGUUUUUCCCAGUCAUUUUGCUUUGUUGCCGUAAACAAUGCCCCUUCUUGCACUAGUUGUGAUCCCAAUGCUACCUGCCAAAGAGGGAAUCCAGUGAUAUGUGAAUGUAAUGCAGGCUUUUUUGGAAAUGGAUUGGCCUGUAAAACCACAACACAGUGUACGAAAAUAAAUUGCUGUGGUCAAGGAUAUGAAUGGAAUUCUACCUCUCAUUGCUGUGACCAAAAAUAUUGCGGUCCUGCAUGUGCCAAUGAUGAAAUAUGCCAGGAUGCCACAAGGGAUACCCACUGUCUAUGUAAUCCACUCACAUAUGCAGGUUAUGUUGAUACAGACAUUGUCCCAAUUCUUUCUUGUCAGUCAGCGGCAUACACGAUCUCUGUAUCCAAAUGUCUCCUAGAAGCUUUACACCUUAACUCAUCAUUUGUACAUCUAAAUGAUCAAACAUGUAUAGGUGCUCCAGUCAUAAUUGGUGAUCAAAGAAUGAUUUCCAUUUCUGUGAAUCAAAACGUAUUGGAGUGUGGGACUGCUAUAAAGAGUAAUGCAACCCAUGUAAUUUUCUCCAAUGUACUUAUCCUCGAGCCAACAGCCACUGGAAGUAUUAAAACAGGUACUGGCAAGAUGGUCGCAUUUUCCUGUGCAUACCCAAUAAACAAGGAGAUUACUAUAGACCCUGCAAUAAAUCCCAUUGUUGGUUAUACAACCCUUCCAUCAAUUGUUGGUUCUGGAUCAUACAUAGUAAAAAUGGUUCUUUUCCAAAAUGCUGACUUCAGUAAUCCAUAUACAAGUGGGUCUAUAAAUCUGACCGUAGGUAGUCCACUUUACAUUGGGGCAUAUGUACAAGAUGCUAAGAACACAAGUUUGGCCCUGGUGAUGGACACCUGUUAUGCUACUCCUGCGAACAACAUUGCUGACACGACUAGAUUUGUACUGUUGCAGAAUGGCUGUCCUGUGGUUUCAAAUACAUACUUCCAAAUAAUAGAAAAUGGAGUGGGACCUGAGAUACGUUUUGUUACAGUGGUGUUAAAGUUCAUUAAUGGAAACCAGUUUUAUCUAACCUGUGAUAUACACCUGUGUGAUAACACCCAUAAUGACUGUAAACCUAAAUGUCCUGCUUCAAAAGCACAAAUUAAAAAUAGUAACACUGCUAUCACUUUUGGACCUGUUUAUUAUUAUUAUGGUAAUUCAACUUCAUCAUCUACUGAUAAAGGUGAUUCAACUUCAUCAUCUACUGGAAAAGAGUUCCCAUUGAUGCAGACAAUCUUCUCGACUCUGAUGCUUCUGACUUUGAACAGAAUUUUAGACUGACAUCUCAAUAAAUGACCAUGGAUGUGGAACUCCUGUUUGAUUCUUCAGGUUAUCACCAUUUACAUUUUGAUUUAUGUCACAGAGUGCUGCAUCAACUUCUAAGCUGUAGACAUGUAUGUUUGAGCAAUGUAUGUGUUUGCUGUAACUACUGAAUAAUGGUCAAAUAAAGUAAAUCUGUUCAGAAACAUAAAUUAUCUUGAAUAUAAACAGCAAAUAAAAGUCUUU